UCUUUCUCCUUCUCUACCCUGCUUGACUGCCCCCACUGUAUCUGACUGUCCAUAGGGGUAUGUAAGUAAAUACAGUACAGUUGUAGUCGGUCAUGGCAGCUUGGCCAUCUCUGUGCCGUUUCUGGUUCGUCGCUGUCGCUGUCGCUGUCGCUGUUGUGUUGGCGACCAAUCAGGGUCUUGUCACUGUCAGGCACGGAAACGAGAAUCACGGACAAACCUGUCAGAUUGUGGAGACAGCUAGAGUGGCCGAUUUCGUGGUCCUGCAAGCAAUGUGGAUCAAGUGUGGAGACAUUGCACCAAUACUAUACUUAGCUGGUUCUGCUUCCACGAAAUCAGAAUGA